AAAAAUUUAAAAGGAAAAGUCCAUUAACAAACAAAUUCCCAUCGAUAGCGACAAAAUGAAAUCUUUCAUUGGUCUAUUCGUUGUCACCUUGCUGGCUUUGAAUGGCGUAUUGUCAUUACCAGCACGCAAUCCAAGUGAUGAUGCUGAAGUGAUUGGCUAUCCCCGCCGUGUCUCAACUAAGGCCGACGAUGAUGAUGGUGACUUUAAGGAUUUUAAGGGUGUCAUUGAUACCGCUUCGGGUUAUCCUUUCCUGCAACCAAAUCCCUCUAUUUUGAAUUUCGGAUUCUUUGAUUCAUUUGAUGAUAUUUUCCGUCGUUUUAGUGCUCGCUUCUGGCCCCAUUCUCUGUUGGGACGUGGUGAUGAUGACAGCGAUGAAAACUCUGGAUCUGACACCUUUGGCAUUUCGACCAAUUUUGAUCCUAAGAAGGGUAACACAACAUCAACAGUAAAGGUUAUCGAUGGCCACAAGGUUGAGGUAAACGAAACGGUAUAUGGUGAUGAGCACAGCGUCUUCAAGGUGCGUGUUGUCAAUGUACGUCCCUUGGAAGAUGGUGAAACUGUUGAGGAGACCGUUCGCACAGGUGGAGAUGAUGAGGACGCCGCUAAGAACGAUAGACCUGUUACAUCUAGCCCUGAACCGAACCAAGCCAAGAAGGAGACUGAACUAGAUGACGAAGAGGAUGAUGAUGAUCGUCGUGAGCCCUUGGCCAAGAAACCCAAUGAUAAUGAAAUUGAACGCAACAUUGAUGAUCCUGAGGUAAAAUAUUAAUCAGAACGUCUUU